GAGUCAUGUGACUGGAAGGGAAAUUCUGUCAAAGAAAGUCUCAGGCGACACAGCCAUGUCUCGGUGUAGUAAUCCGUAUUUGCGUUUAAUUCGAGUAAAACCACGAGUGUAGCUUGUGCGGAACCCGUAUUCUUGACUUCGUCGUUAUUUUCUACCGGAUUUAGAUUAAAUACAAGUCUCUUGCAGCGGUGUGGACACCAUGCUCGCCACAGUGACUGCUGUGGUCAGUAUCACUCAUGGCAACGCCACAGCUUCACCUGCAUCUUUGGACAACACCUCAACGCAUCCCACCUGGCCUCCAGACUCCAACAUCAGCAAGCCCCACAGAUGUCUGCAAGUUCUGUAUGAGGACAUUGGAGACUCCAGGGUCCGGUUCUGGGACAUUUUUCUGCUGGUGCCAAACGUGGCGUUCUUUGUGUUCUUGAUGUGGAAGCUGCCGUCAGCCAGGGCGAAGAUCCGACUCACCUCUAGCCCCAUUUUUGUUACCUUUUAUUUACUGGUCUUUGUUGUCGCAGCGGUUGGAAUCACCCGUGCUAUUGUUUCCAUGACCGUCAGCGCCUCCAGUGCUGCCACCAUUGUAGAUAAAGUGCUUUGGGAAAUAACUCGCUUCUUUCUGCUGGCCAUUGAGCUCAGUGUCAUCAUCCUGGGACUGGCUUUUGGUCACCUGGAGAGUAAGUCCAGCAUAAAGCGCGUCUUGGCUAUAACUGCUGUGUUGGCUCUGGGAUACUCCAUUACACAGGGCACACUAGAGAUAUUGUAUCCAGACAGCCAUCUGUCAGCUGAGGACUUCAACAUCUAUGGUCACGGUGGACGCCACUUCUGGUUGGCCAGUUCCUGCUUCUUCUUUCUGGUGUACUCUUUUGUUGUGAUCCUGCCAAAAACCCCAGUCAGAGAGAGGAUAUCUCUGCCCUCCAAGAAGAGUUUUUAUGUGUACGCCGCCAUCUUGUCUUUACUGAACUUUGUUCAGGGGCUGGGCAGCGCUCUGCUGUGUGCUGGAGUCAUUGAAGGACUCUGCUGCGUAGAUGUCACCACCUUCCUGUACUUCUCCACGUUUGCACCGCUCAUUUAUGUCACAUUCCUCAAGAACUUCUUUGGUUCGGAGCCCAAAAUCCUGUUCUCCUACAAGUCCCAGGUAGACGAGCCAGAUGAAAGCGAUGUCAACCUCCCCCCCACGGUGGUUGCAGGGCUGGGCCGCAAUCACCAGACGGAUCAGGGCCUGUACUACUCCUCCACCCAGAUCGAUGGCUCCGGUCCCAGCAGCUCCCGCAUGGUUGGAGCGUACCUGGACGAUGUGGCUUCAGGGCCCUACGGAUCCAGCAGCAUCAACAGCAUUGAAGCUGACCGCUGGAGACCUAUACACGUGUGAGGGGACGGACGGCUGUACGGCCGGACCACCCUUAGAAGGCCGGACUGGAUGGAGAUCGGAGAACCUGAUCAAACACAGCCAAGUUCUUGGACGUCAAGAGGAGCGCUGGCUCUUUUACUGCAAGAAUAAGUUGAAGCUCGUUAACUCGGAAAGGACCGACGUGGCGUUGUGACACUUAUCCGAGUGCUCUUCUGCUGGAUCUGCUGUGGCCUUGAUCGUCCUCAUGGUCUUUGUUCCACAGGCUCUCUGACUUUGGCGCUUACUGGUUCGUCCCAGCGUAUUUUUAUAAGUAGACCAACAGGAAUCAUUCCUCCUCGUCAGUAUUCUAACCUAAUGUUAGUCCUUGAUUUAAUGAAUCCUGCACAUUCCUGCUGCUGAUUCCAUCAUGAGCAUUGAUUCACAUUCAGCUACGCUGUCUAAAUCAGUGUCUGCUAGCUUUGAGUUCCUGCUGUUAGCAAAUGAAUGAUGCAAGUUCCUGGUAUGACGCUGCUUUAAAAAGACACAAAGGGUUUGGAUAAAGUGGCAGCUCAGCGUCAUCAUCUCAUCUGACUGUUAGACUGCCCAGACUUCCAUUUCCUCCAUGUUUAUGUCAGUUCUUUGGUCACCAGGGAAGAAACAUGUUUUGCUUCUUGUCUGACCUUUUUUCCUGGUAUAGGGGUGGACACAGGAAUGCACAUUUCUAUAUGCAAUGCUACAGUUUUAACACUUUUCUAAUAGGAUUCCUAAGAAAGCUGCUCAGAAAGAUGUCAAAUGUGGGCAAUUUUACUAAUAUUUAAGGAUACGGAGUGAGCAAUAUUUGUUUCUGGUACUUUGUAGUUCUGCCUACUCAUUAAAUAAUAUCCAAUCUUUCCUCCAAAUACAAAGUGUUUAGGUAUUGGAUUCCAUUUGUGAGCUUUAUGCCAAAAAAAGGGUUCUGUUGUUUAUGUAAAUAGAUAUGAAAAGAAUAGAGCUUCUGAAGAUCUGCUUGACUUUGUGAUUUUGAGUGCGGUGAAAGAUUGUAGGUGAAGCUGCAAAGACACGUCUGUUUCUAUGACUCCAUAAGGUGCUUUCAAUGAUUCCACUUUUCUUACAAAUCAUUGUCUUUUUGGUGUAAAAUUGUCUCGCAAGUGAUUUCGAAAUGACCUUCAUUGAUUGUGGAUUGGUUCUACAGUAUUCAGCUUAAGUUGAUGCAUUGAAGUAUUGAUCAUUCCUUAAGAAUAAACUCUGGAUUCAUGCUCAA